CUGCAAAAAGGAGCUCUUUGCGGCUUCCGAUCCCUCAGCCGAUCUCAGCAUCCACUCAUCAAAGCUUCCAACGAAUGUCGCUUUGGGCUCCCUUUCUACGCGAAGGAUGCCGGCUUCUCGGCUCAGCAGUGGGCAUGGGGCACAGAUCCGCCUGCCAGCCAGUCACCCACGCGGCCCUGCAUCUGCAGAGUCGCUAUUUUGCUGUGGAAGUCACUGCUGACAUGGUGAGCACCAGACCGAAGGGAAGGCAGUACAGCAGUGCAUUUCGCUGGGUUCUUCUUUGUCAGGUGAAGGAGCUGCGGAAGCGUACCGGAGCAUCCGUUGGCAAAUGCAGGGAGGCCCUCGCCGCAGAAGGUGCGCAGCACUCACAUCGUUACAUUGCAGGGGAUGGCUAGAGGUCAAUCAGGUGGCAACAUCGAUGAGGCCAUGACGUGGCUGAAGAAAAAGGGCAUCGCGUCCGCGUCAGCCAAGGGCUUCCGCGAGGCGAGCCAAGGCCUCGUCGCAAUGGCCGUCGGUCAGUCUCACGGCGUGAUAGUGGAGCUCAACUCGGAGACGGAUUUCGUGGCCCGCGCCGCCGAGUUCCAGACCUUCUUGUCCACGCUGGCCAAGACGGCCGCCACACUGCCUCUCACCACUGGUGGCAAAGGUGUCGAGGAGCUUGAGAAGGCAGACUUGGUUGAGAGAGUGGACGACAGAAUCGCAAAGACCAAUGUGGGAGAGGCUUUGCUGGAGCUCUCGGCACUGCUCGGUCGGUGAGAACCAAGGAGAGAUACCAGUCUGGGCGUUCAGGCAAGAUUCGGGUUGAGGCAAGAUCCUAUGUCAGUCUGUCAUUGUGUGCAGGAGAAAGGGUGGCGUUGCGGCGGAUGGCGUGGCUGCCGCUGCCGCCUGACCCGGCCACUGGCGUUCUCGGAAGGUGACUGACGAGAGCCACACCUGACUGACAUUCGGUAAACCGACGACACUCUGCGUCUGUGUGGUCGUUGACUGCAGUUAUGUGCACAACGAGGUGCGGCCGACGGUGGGCUCCACGGCCUCGCUUGUCCGUCUUCGUCUUGACCCCCCGCUGCCCUCCCCCGAUGACCAGCAGCUCCUCCAGCGUCUUGCACUCGCUCUCGCGAUGCAGGUGUGUCAUCGCCGGCCAGACAAAACGCAUAAGAACUGAUAGAUCACACUGGCCGCCGGUGAAUAUGUCUGUCUGCAGGUGGUUGCGUCCCGCCCCCGGUACAUCACGGAGCAGCAGGUGCCACCCGAUGUGCUCGAGUCGGAGCGGCAGAUCCUCAAGGCCGCCAUGGCUGCGAGCGGUGGGGGGCCGCAGGCUGAGAAGAAGGGCGUGAUUGACAAAAUGGUGGAGGGCAAGCUGAGGAAGCUGUUUGAGGAGGAGGUUUUGAUGCACCAGGAGUUCGUCACGUACGAGAAGGCCCGGAUGGACGCACACCCCAAGGCGACUGCUGCUCCCGGGGGAGGGAAGGAGGUGGGGAGGGAGGACAUUGAUCGAUGGUGGGUGGUGAUCUGCUCGAUGCUUUUUGUUGUGUGUGUCUACCCUACUGCAGGGCGCUGCGGCUAAGCUGCCAACUGUAGGGCCAGCACUCAAAGCAAUCGGUGAGCAACAGCCCGCUUCCUCAGUGUACGGACGGCCACUGACAUGUAUGUCUUGUUGUCGGUUUGCCCGUUCAGGCUCGCUGCUGGGGAGUCUUGUUGAGGUCGACGGCGUGACGCUGCUGGGUCUGGGGCUGCCGGAGCUCGCGGCGACAUUAUGACACUGGAGGCCUGGCUGCUGUCUGAUGGGUGCUGUGGUUGACGCAUCUGUGGUAGAUUUAGCUACCUGGUGUGUUGAUGUACAUGGCCAGCUACUCUGCGUCCACAUGAAGCUCCGCUCCGCACACCCAUCCAUUCCCAUCACCAACGAAUCAAUCAAUUAAGGCCGACUGCAUGACAUGAAAGUCUCCACAUCGGAAGUCCC